AUGGCAGCCCAAAACUCCAAGCAGCGCCUCGCCCUCGCAGUCUGCGACUUCCUGUCCUCCUCCCUCAAAGACGGCACCCUCCGCGAGGAAGACUCCGACAACAUCGACAUCGCCAUCAACUGCAUCACCGAGGCGUUCUCGGUCGAUUUCUCCGACAAGGCCGCUGUCUCUUCAGCCAUCGGCUCCCAAAACCUCCUCCAGAUAUACUCUGUCUACGAGAAGUUGAAGAAUGUCACCGCUCCCGCCUCCUCUCAGUCUGCAGGUUCUUCCAGCGCCCCACCACCAUCAACCGCCGUGACGGAAGAGCAGAAGAAGCAGGCCGAGUCCUUGAAGUCCAAGGGCAACGCGGCAAUGGCCCAAAAGGAUUACCCUACCGCCAUUAACUACUACACACAGGCCUUGUCGGUCCACCCCGGCAACGCCAUUUUCCUAUCCAACCGCGCCGCCGCCUACUCCGCGGCCAAGGACCACGAGUCCGCCAAGGCGGAUGCCGAAGCUGCCGUUGCUAUUGAGCCAACAUACACCAAAGCCUGGUCUCGCCUCGGUCUCGCCCGUUUCGCUCUCGGUGACGCCAAGGGCUCCAUGGAGGCCUACCAGAAGGGUAUCGAGUACGAGGGUAACGGUGGCAGCGACGCCAUGAAGAAGGGGUACGAAACAGCCAAGAGGAGGGUAGCGGAGAUUGAGGCCGAGGAGUCAGCUAGUGCCACUGCUCGAAGCGCCUCUCCCUCUGCAGGAGGCGGCGGUACUCCCAGUCUGGCCGACCUGGCUGGUAUGCUCGGCGGCGGUGGCAGAGGGGGCGGUGGCGGCGGUCCAGGUGGAUUGGAUUUCGGUGCCAUCAUGAACAACCCCAUGUUUGCGAGCAUGGCGCAGAACCUGAUGAGCAACCCAGACAUGAUGGCCAACUUGAUGAAUAACCCUAGGUUGAGGGAUAUGGCCAACUCGUUUGGUAGCGGGGGUGGGCUGCCGGAUAUUGGGAGUUUGAUGUCUGAUCCUUCUAUUGCUGAGAUGGCCAGAAAUAUGAUGGGCGGUGCUGGUGGUGCUGGUGGUGCUGGUGCUGGUGCUGGUGCUGGUCGGGGCAGUGGUGCUCCUUGA